CAGCUGAAGCUGGAUGUAUCCCUCCUGCUUCUUCGUGUCUACACAGUCGAGCUCUUCUCCAGCGGAUAACCUGGAUCUAAACGGCGGAUAAGGACCCCAGAUGUCAUGACGACCCAUCUUCCAAAUUAGACAUGAUAGGCAACAUUUGGAUUACUGGCAUACUGAAAACAAAUGUGAAAAUCAAUUCUAGGCUCCUGCUGUGACAUUAAAACUCUUUGAUGAGUAGACAAACUUUUUGGUAAUUGAGGCCAUGGAUGAUCAAUUUUGAAAGUGCUCUUAAGGGCGCUGUAAACUCAGAGCUGAUUCCAAAAUGAGCGAGCGAGGUGAGCCCUUCGGUGAGGGGGAGUUGAGAAAUAACAACCAGCAGGCUGACUUGCUGGCAGACGGAGAUACCAACGCCAAUGAUAUCCGGACAGAGGAUGGCGGGAUGACGGGUGAUACUGUCACUCUGUCUGGACUGCUGACUGAAACAGCACAGCAGGACAAAGUCAUCAUCUGGGGUACAGACUCCCAGUGUGAUGACCCCGACCUGGCUGAGUUUGAGAUGCUGGAGUGUCAGGAGCUGGAGGCCUACGUGGUUGAGGAUGGAGAGGACUUUCUCGGGCUUGCAGAACGGAAGAAGCUUAAAGAACAGCCUUCGUCAUGCGGCAAAGCUACAGUAGACCAGGCAACGGAUAAUAAGAGCAGGGAAGACAAAAAGACUAUUCUGCAUGGCGCCAGUGAGCAGGAAACCAGCACUUCUCAUGUCUCCGAGAGCAGAGAAGCAUCCAGGGCUGAGUUAAGCUCAGAAACUGAUGUCUUUGUGUCCUGUCUGUCCACCAUUUCAAGCAUGGACACUGCUAUGGACACUACUGGCAGGACCCAGACAACAGACUCAUGGCACAAUGCCUCUGGUCCUUACUCAACCAUCUCAGAAGACUUGACUCUGGUUUCCCAGACUGACAACAACGUCCCUGAGAGAGACAAUGUCUCUCAAAGAGCUGAUCAUCCUUCCUCCUCCUCUGGAAAAAGCACAAUACACAGGGAAGAUGUGAACAUGAAUUUGAAUUCAACAGCUCACUCAGAGGAUGUGGGAUCACAGGCACAAGUGAGCAAUGGAGUUAUUCCGUGUGAGGAUGCCAUUGACGAGCACAGGAAGAACAAUAACCAGAGAAAUAAAGCAGUCAAUACCAUUUCAGAUGGAGAAUGUGAUCAAAUAAGGAGUACUGAGCACAAGGGUUUACCCACUGAAAGAAUAUCACAUGAAGAAAGCAACACUAAAAUGGAUAAAAGCACACAAGCUGAUGAUGCCCCUGUUGUGAACUACAGCCCACCCAAAACAGGUACAAAGGGGACUUUUUCAUCAAUUGAAUCCAAAGCCAUGAAGAAACAAGGAUCAUUUGAUAACUCGUUGAAAAAACAAUACUCUCCUGACAAGACUUUCAAAAAGCAGCCAUCGUUUGAAAAUACUUUAAAGAAGCAGCCCUCCUUUGAUAACACCUUAAAUAAGCAGGGUUCUUUUGAGAACACCAUCCCCUGCAGCUCUUCAAGUCUGGAGAGGAGGAAGCCAUGGGGAAGCCCGAGUCGACCAGCAACUCCUACUUCACCUAAAACAACCUGUUCCCCCAAGAGAAGGCCGCCUGGUUCUCCAGCCAAAGUCCAGAAUAUCAGAUCUCUGAGCUUUGAGCGCAGCGACCCCCCUCAGAGAAGUCAAACAGUCAGAACACCAGGUAAGACAAGUUUGAGCAGUUGCAUCCCCAUACCUGUCUCGUCUCAGCAGAAAGAACCUGAACCCGGGAGGUCAUCUCCUCCCCAGAAACCUAAAAAUGUCCGACCAAAAAUCAUCACCUAUGUUCGAAAAAAUCCUCAAGCAAAACCACAAGGGACAGAUGCCCCACUCGAAGCCUCUACACUCCCACUAAGACUAUCUUCUUACUCCAGCCCACCAGCUCAUAAAGAUCCAAGGGUUGGUCCUCAACCUAAAUCCACGGUGCUAUGUUCCUCCAACUUGCUGUUUGACAAAUAUCGACAGGAGAUGCAGAAGGCGGGGGUACUAUCCUCCAGGCAUGUCUGCGACUGGGGUAAAACCUCCAAGCAGCACCAUCCCUCAAAGGCUGGGUGGGAAGUCAGGCAGUUUUCAUGAGGAUAUGCCUAAGAAAUAUCUGCAAGAGCAUGUUUCUCAAGAAGGAGGCAGUGUCUACCGCUCUCCCAGAACUCUGAGGCCUCAGCUGGGGUUAGGGGCGGUCACCAGGCAGCCUGCCGCCAAGACGGGUCAAAGGUCAGCCCCGGCACCAAGCCA